CACACUUUGAAGCCGUUCGCCGUGCCGGGCGGUCCAUAAAUCAAGCCUCUCUAAUCAAAAUUUGAAGUGAAACGCAUAAAACAAUUUUCGACAAAUAUACUUCAUUUCUUCGAUCGGUUAUUGUUUUCGGUUUUUUACUUCCUGUUCCCUUAUUCUCUUCCGAUAAAAAUCGUCAAUUCAAAAUAAACAAAAGAAAUAUAACAACGGUAACGUAUAUUGUAAGGUCGUAAAAUUCGUCACAAUCGAAUUAUUUGUUUGUUUGUUUUUCAUUUCAUUUGUUACUCCAUCGCUCGGUUGUACGAAAAUUUUCAUACUGAAUAUAUUUUGAAAACGAAGAAGUAAAUAAUAAACACAUUGUAUGUAUAAUUCUAAAUACAUACGUAUAAACACGAGCGUACGAUAUAACACCGCAAGGCAAGAACGAGCGUUUGGUACAACUCAUUCCUCCAACAACCAUGGCGAAGAAAGCACCCACGAUGAUGACCGACAUGGACGUCCUGCCGUCCUUGAAGCUCGGUGAUUUCACUCUCGAGUUUGAACUUGGACCACCGUCGGCUGAACUGGUUGAAGUUGCCAAAAAUGAGCUCAGAGAAACACCCGAGAGAACGAAAGAGGCCGUUGCGCAACUCAGGGAGCUCCUCAACGGAGAGACUGACCUGGUUUGGCCAUCGGACAACGAGGCGUGGUUGGUCAGGUUCCUAAGACCGGUCAAGUUCUACCCAGCGUCGGCACUGAAGCUGAUAAAGAACUACUACAACUUCAAGAUAAAGCACGCGAACGUGUACGAUGAUCUGAAGCCAAGCCGUGAGAAGAACAUCUUCGAACACAACAUCCUGACGGUGCUUCCAAACCGGGAUCAGGACGGUCGUCGAAUCCUGAUCAUCGAGCUGGGCAAGAAGUGGAAGCACAACAAGUGCAGCCUGGACGAGGUCUUCAAGGGCUGCGUUCUUUUCCUCGAGGCUGCCACCCUCGAGCCAUCGUCCCAAAUCGCCGGUGCCGUCGUCAUCUUCGACAUGGACGGUCUCUCACUUCAGCAGACAUGGCAGUUCACCCCGCCCUUCGCCAAAAGGAUCGUCGACUGGCUUCAGGACAGUGUUCCCCUCAGGAUCAAGAACAUCCACAUCGUCAACCAGCCUUAUAUAUUCAACGUGGUCUUCGCACUGUUCAAACCUUUCCUGAGGGAAAAGCUCAAGAGCCGAAUCAUUUUCCACGGUACCGAUAGGAAAUCCCUACACGAACACUUGUCGCCGAAAUGUUUACCUGAAUGUUACGGUGGUAAUCUGCAAAUUCCACGAGUCACUGGACCCCAGUGGCUUGAACUUUUGCUCAUGUGCGACAAGGAGUACGAGGCAAUCAACUCCUAUGGUUACAAGAAAAAAUGAAGACAUAGUAAAUAUCAUGCAACCAAACAUAUGAAAAAAUAAUUGAUUCUAAGUUAUAAAUUGAUAGGUGAUCGCUAAAAAAAAAAAAAAAAUGGAAAAAAGAAAAGAAAAGAAAAAGAAAUUCAUUAAAAUAAUAUGGCAUGUGUAUAAUUAAUUGGGCACAAAGUGACGAUAGUUAUUAGCGUUAAUGUUGUUAUUAUUAUUGUUACCACUAUACGUGUUAGUAUUAUUAUUAUCUUGAUGGUCACCAUCGCGACUAUUAUUAUAAAUAAUGUUAAUUUUACUAUCAUUAUUAACUGUUAUUAAUGUGUUUUGUUUUUUUUUUUGUACAGAUCUCUACGUAUGUGUUCUUUUUAUAAAGGAAAAUAGAAGUUUUAUAAAAAAUUUGUGAGAACAAUGCGAAUAAAUAGAAAAAACAAAAAAAAAAAAAAACUGCAAAUUCAACUGACACGCAGCGCUUUCAGCACAUGAUAAUUAUUGAUCAAUUAUAUUUAUGGCAUUAAUCGAAAAUUGCAUCUGCCUCUUGAAAAACCCCGCUUCGUUUAUUCAAUUUAAUUUAAUUUUUUAAUUCAUCUCAUUAUCUGAUACUAGUUAACUAUAUUCUCUCAUUCUUUAUCGCAAUUUUCACUGUUAUCGAUGACUGUAAAUGUUUAUUGUUCACUUCAUUUCCUUGGUCAUCCGUAUCUGACGAACAAAAUGAAUCAAUUAUCCGUACCUGUAUACUUGAAAAACCCGAUAAAUUAAUCAAACGGUUGGCUAUCAAAUUCGUCCGAUAUCACAUAUUUUAUUCAUUCAAUUUUUUGAUAAAAUUUAAGUAUAAUUAUAUAAUCGCAAAUUUAUCACGUGGACUAUUCACUGCGAUGCAUUAAUUAUUUUUAUAAAACAUACUUCGUCUGUUACAUCGAAAAUUUGUUCAAUGCGAUGCAUUUCAUUAACCAAACUUGAGAGACGUAGGAAUGUUCAAAAUAGAAAAACAUACCCGACGUAAUAUAUAAAUAAUAACAAAAGAGCUUAGAAAUAGACGAUUUUAUAGUUUCAAAACAGCUUUAAAAAAUCGUAACACAUUCAUCGUCUGUCCGAUAUUUUCAUACAUCGUGCAUGCACGAUUUUUUGACGUCUUCUUUGACCGCUUAGUUCUCUUCCACCAUGAUUGGAGUGGAAACAUUUUCCUUCUCAUCACACGGAUUUAUAUCCGUACUUGUUA